AUGAAUGACAAGAGCCUCAUCAUCCUCAUCCUCCUUCUUCCCUUCCUGUGCUCAGCCUAUGAGACGGAUCAGAGCGACUUCCCGGGAGCCAGGAGGAGCCGAGGACAGUCCCAGAACUCAGUAGAAGUGGUUCGCUGCUUGAAUGGGGCAUUGCAAGUUGGCUGCGGGGCCUUCGCCUGCUUGGAGAAUACGACCUGUGACACCGAUGGAUUGUAUGACAUCUGCAAGUCCUUUCUGUUCAACGCCGCCAAAUUUGACACUCAGGGGAAAGUGUUCGUGAAGGAAAGUCUGAAGUGUAUUGUAGGCGGAAUAACUUCCAAGGUGUUCCUGGCCAUCCGCAGAUGCUCCAGCCUGCAACGAAUGAUCUCUGAAGUGCAGGAGGACUGUUAUUCCAAAUCAGAACUCUGUAAUGUCGCCCGAAAUAACCCAGAAGCGAUCACCGAGGUCUUACAUCUGCCACAGCAUUUUUCUAACAAAUAUUACAACAAGCUGUUGAGCAACCUCCUUGACUGUGACGAAGAGAUUGUCGCAUCCGUCAAGGACAACCUAAUGAACCAGAUUGGCCCUAAUUUAGCCAGCCUCUUCAAAACCCUGCAAGGUGACAAGUGUUCCCAGCAACAGCCCAAGGCAGACUUUAACCGAAAGAGAAAUGUCGAUCCCCAGAAACUUCGGGUGUAUCUGCGCAGCUUCCGUAAUCAAGGAGCUGUGGCAGUUUCCUCCAACCAGGACUCCUCUGAAGAUUAUUAACUAUGUCUAUGACCAAAAAGUCAGAUGUAGCUUUAAUAUUUCAUACCAAUUGUUAUAUAGUCUCAGCUAUUUUCUAAAGACCACCACUGGGAAGCUGUGCCUCCUUCAGUAUAAAGUAUUUUGUCUGUAUUAUUUGUGUCAGGGUUUCAUAGCGGUUCUCCUAAGACUCUUUCUCUAAGGUAAAGUAUAUAUUUUGAUUUUGAUUGAGGUCACAUUGCUCUGUAAUACAUAUCUGGAACAUCAACAGUUAUAGUCACCACAUGUCAUAAUGAGCUUCCUUGCUAUGACAGUGUGCUCUGUGUACACUGAGUAGUUGUGAAAGAUCUUUUUAGGGCCAAACAGUAUUUUUAGGUCCUGGCUCCUGUAAUCUGCAUCCUAUACAUUUAACAUCCUGCAUACAUUGACCUUGCCAAAGGAAUGGUGGCUGUCCCAAGUGCAUGCACCAAAUGAUGGCUAAAGAGUCCAGCCCACCAUUCACACAGUGUCUACUCGCCCUGGUUCUGGCAGCCCACACACUUAACCUCCUCCAUGUGUCCCCCCUACCACAGGGAAUGGUGGCUG